GGAAAAGGCGAACGGGUCGAUAAGGCCACUCUUCUUUCUUUCAUCCUCCUCUCUUUCCUCUUCUCUCUUCUCUCUUCUCUCUUCUCCCAUUGACACAUAGCCUGACACUUUGCGCGCAGGAAUAGAAGCGAGCGAACCAGAAAACAAGAGGAAGCAGUAACCGCGCAUACCGAGCAUACCAAACAUACCAAUACCUAUCCUCUUCUUAAUCAAAUCGCUUCCUCCGAGGAACAACAAACAGCAAACCAGAACCACACACCACAGCCCAAGGAAGGACACGCUUGCUUCCAUGGACAAGCCUAUCGAUGGCGACAAAUAUGUUCGCACCCUCGCCCACUAUCUCCGCCACAACCAGAAACGGCUCAUCCCACUAGAACUCGACCUCCAUGGCAAUGCUGUCCACAAAGGCUCAUCAUCAACCAAAGGAAUACAGAACAACAAGCAUGUCUCCAGUCCAGUAACCCAGGGUGUGCGCUCGCUUAUCACACCAGCCGACCCCAUGGCCGCCGCAUACUCGGGCAUGGUCAACUCGCUCUGGUCUGUUGGUUCUGCAGUCGUCAACACCGUAGCACCGAGUAAUGACCACCGACGACCCCAGACCCUCGCUCAGGAUCGGGACUCCUUUCAGGGCGCCUGGGAUGGGACGGGGACAGUUCCCGCAGACUCGAACCCGCGUGAGCGACAGCUCUACCUCCAGGCCCAAUUGAAGGCCCCCAUCUUCCCACUAGAUCUCUAUUACCUCCUCUAUCUCCUUGACCGGUUCGAGCUCGAAGGGAUCGAGAUUGAAGGUUGGGACGGGAGCACUCCCAGAGCUGUGGGUGAUUCAAAACCCCGCGUUCUCAACAGCACGGCCAGCGGGACCAACGGAAACAAUAACUCAACGUACUCAUCAUUCCCACCGCCGAAUGCAACGCGUCCACAGUCAAUUCGGUCCUUCUCUUCAACAGCACUUUCGACACUGACACUGAUCACCGGAUGGAAACAAUGGUCCAACGCGGCUUCGUCCAAAGCAAGCACUCUCACCAUCGCAGACGACGUGCACUUUAUCCACAAGUUCUUAAAACAGAUCGUCGGCCUUCGGCUUGUGGCCAAGAUCCCCCCCGGACUGGACACCCCUGGAAAAGGACGGAUCGAACACUACAGAGGCGACGGGAUUUUGUAUCUGUUGAAUAAUGGUCAGUCGCAUGAACUUUCUUCCGGAUCCUCAAAGCAACUGCAACAGCCCAUGCUUCCGUUGGCCGCAACAUUUUCGGCUCUCACUCACUUAGAACUGCAUAAGAUCCCGCCGCGGUCUGUCCAGGGCUGGGAGUCACUCAUGCCCCAGCUGAAAUCCUUGGUUGUCAUCCAGGCAAGCAUCGAGGACGUCCAUGACGUGAUCGUCACCGCCGUGGUUGAGAGCGAGAGGCGUCGACGACAGCGCGUCUCGAGGGAACAGAACCGUGCGGUCUUGAUCCGGCAGGAGCAGAGAGAGGCACUCAAGGAUGCAUCCAUGGCCACGAAGGCUCGUCGGCUAGGUUCAGGAUCGGCGGGCUCGGGAUCCUCCUCGGCAGAGAGCUCACAGCCAACGUCGCCACUGUCACCCUCACUGAUCGCGGGAGCCGACGCCACGAGCGAGGACGAGGAUGCGAUCCUGAAAUCGCUGAAUAUGUGGCCAGUCCUUCGCCACCUGUCCGUCUCGGAUAACGCCCUGCCGGCCCUGCAGAACAACGACACGUUCUCGCACUCACAGGCGAUUGUCACGCUAGAUCUUUCCCACAACUUGUUGAUCUCACCGCCACCAGGACUGAUCCAUCUGCAUAACCUCCAUGACCUGAACUUGUCGUACAACAUGUUGUCGAGUGUACAUACGAUCUACCAAAUUCUUGGCAACAUUGCGGUCCUGGAUCUAAGAGGAAACCGACUGGAGAGUCUUUGUGGACUGGAGAGGUUGUGGAAUCUAGAGAAGGUCGAUGUCCGCGAAAAUCACUUGAAGGAAGCGGCCGAGAUCGGUCGAUUGGCGGCCCUACCAGGUAUUCGCGAGAUCUGGGCCGACAUGAACCCCUUCUGCGAGACGCAGCCAAAAUACCGCCUUGAGAUCCUGAUGGUCUUCCGGGCGAACGGACACGACCUGCUCCUGGACGGCACAUUCGCCUCAUUCGUCGAAAAGAGCACACUCGCUAAAAUGAGUCCAUCCGCCUUCUCAACGACACUCGCGAGCAUCAACGUCGUCAACCUGGCCAAUAUACCCGCGGCCUCGGCUCCGACGGCCACCUUCGCCAAGGAGCUUGCCCCGCCACCCCCACGCAUCACCCGGCCCGCAGGCUUCUCGUCCUCAUCAUCACCGAACACAACAUCGACGCACCAUCAGGACGAUGAUAUCCGGACAGGAAGUAUUGGAACUGUGGGACGAGGUAACGAGAAUGGGUUAGCAGCAACAACUUCCCCGGGCGCGAACUCAGGUCAACCCCAAAAGUUAGUAAAGAAGAAACUGGUCAAGUCUGCAAGGAGGGUCAAGCGCGUCGUGAACUUGGACAGUGAUCAUGAGGAUGAUGAGGAUCAUAAUGAGGAUGGUGUUAGUGACUACGGCGAUGAUUCCAGCAACCAUAACGAUGUUGCAUACUCCAAAGUCUUGGGCUCGCCUGCUGCGAUUGGCAAGAAGAACUCCAAGAAGAAGACAACAUCGACGACAGCUAACCAUGCAGAGGAGGCCGAUCCGGAGAAGAAGCCUAAGAAGAAAGUAGUCAAGAAGAAGAACCAGGGGAUUGUCAGCUUUGCAGGGGAUCAUAACCGUACCAACGGGUAUCACAACGACGGGAGUGAUGCUAAGAAGUGCAGAGAUACCCGCCAUGUCCAUCGACUUGCAGAACUAGAGCGGUCCAUGAGCUCUUUGCAGGUCCAGACCGAUCACAGCCAUCGGAGUCAUCACCAACACCAGAGCGGCACCACCCCUUCACGUGGAAUCCUCAAGAAACCCUCCCUCUCGCAUGGACAUGGACAUGGACAUCAUCAUGAGUUUGGGGAUCAGAAACUGCCAUCCCCGGCCGGAUCGAACUGCUCCUCCUCGGACGAAGGCGGUGCAGAAGCGUAUAGGCGCAAGAUUGAGGCGAUGAGGAAUGAGGCUGGUUCGAAUUGGCUCAAGGUUCUUGCAGAGAUGGAUAGUGAGGAGCAGCAGGCACGGAGGAAUAGCGGUCUCGGCCAGUGAAAGUGCUCGUCCACAAAGCGGAAAGCGUCAAAGGCAGAGGAGCGGAAGAGCGGUUCUCUUCAAAGAACAGACUUUUUUUUUUAUCUUUUUUUAUCGUUUACAAAUGAUACAGCACAGCGUGGCAAAACUAAUAGUAUAUCCAACAUAACCAUCGUCGAAGAACAGCAACAACGACGGUGAUGAAGAAAGACAACAUCCACAGAGAAUGGUCAUUGUCGAUAGAAUAUGAACGCUUGUUAUUUAAUA